AUGCUCAUACCUCUACUAUUCUUAGCAGCUUUAAUUUUAUUAUUGUGGAAAUGGCUAGAUAUUCGCUCCGUUCGUGAUCUCACCAACAUUGCUCGUCUUCUUCGCAGUGACAAUGGUCAACAUUUCUUCUCAAAUCUAUUCCAGGUAGAUGAGAACUCAAAGCGGCAUGGAGGGGAACUAGUGGCGUCAGUGUUGAAGUCACAUGACGUCAAGGAGAUCUUUGUAUUGUGCGGUGGUCACAUCUCACCAAUUUUGGUAGCUGCUGAGAGCUUGGGUAUCAAGAUAAUUGACACAAGACAUGAGGUUAAUGAUCUCAUUUUCGAAAUCUUGAAAAUGUGGGAGCAUAUGAUCAAAAUAUGUAAGCCUGAAUUAUGA